CCAAACACCAUCACGACGACAAUUAUCCACAACGCGACUCAAAAUUCGCGAUCGUUGCAUAGCUGGUGUCGCAUCGCACCAUGGCUCCCAGGGAAAGCUCUCACGAGCCUUCUGGCACACCUGUACCGGUGGAAAGGGGAUUUGCCACUAUAAACACGCUGAGGGUGGGAAUGAAAGCGAUUGUUGAGAAGGAUGGCGAGAAACGCAAAGCAGAAAUCCUAUCCAUGCAGCACCGUGGAGGGCAACUCAAGAUAUAUGUUCACUAUGAAGACUUCAACAAGCGUCUCGACGAGUGGAUACCGGCCACUCGCAUAGACUUCACGAAAGAGGUGGAAUGGCCUGCUCCAGAGAAACCGGAUAAAAAGAAGUCCGGCGGCCAAAAGAAAGAUACGCCGGGAAAGGCAGAUCAGAAGAAUCUCAAGCGAUCGAGGAGCAAGCUUGAUAGGGAGAUCUCGGCAACCCCUUCAGAGGCCAGCGUGAACCUCGCUGGGAAGGCACAGCGUCCGUCGAAAGCUGGGGCUGAGGGCAAGGAAGUUCUAGUCACUACUGCCGAAGUCGAUGGCUCCCCCAAAGGGGAUGAUGAAGACAUGGACCUGGUGGACGUGCAGGACGCCGCAGCUUUGGCCAAGGCAAAGCCUCCGCAGCCCUUUUCCCGAGAGGAUGAAAUUGAAAGACUCCGAGAGGGUGGAUCCAUGACACAGAACCAGACGGAGAUCUCACGUGUCCGAAACUUGGAAAAGAUUCAGAUGGGAAAGUACGAGAUAGAACCAUGGUACUUUUCGCCCUAUCCAAUCGACUUUGUGGACUCCGAGAUGGUCUACAUAUGCGAGUUCUGCCUCUCAUACUAUGGCGAGGAGACAGCGUUCACACGGCAUCGCCAGAAAUGCACACUCAUGCAUCCUCCAGGCAACGAGAUCUACCGCGACAAGGACAUCUCGUUCUUUGAGAUCGACGGCCGCCGUCAACGGACUUGGUGCAGAAACCUCUGUCUCCUGUCGAAACUGUUCCUGGACCACAAAACCCUCUACUACGACGUGGACCCCUUCCUCUUCUACUGCAUGUGCACCCGCGACGAGUACGGAUGCCAUCUAGUGGGCUACUUCAGUAAAGAAAAGGAGUCCGCCGACAACUACAACGUCGCCUGUAUCCUCACGCUUCCUCAAUAUCAACGCCGCGGCUUCGGUAAACUUCUCAUCGACUUCUCCUACCUUCUAUCCAAACGCGAAGGCAAAUCCGGUUCCCCAGAAAAACCCCUAUCCGAUCUUGGAUUAUUGGGGUACCGCGCCUAUUGGCAGGAGACAAUAGUCGACUUGCUACUCGAAGCGAAGGAGCAGGGCAAGCAUGAAGCGAAUAUCGAGGAAUUGGCGUCACCGUCGAUGACCGCCAUGACGACAAACGAUGUGCUGCAUACUUUACAAAAUCUGAAUAUGCUGAGGUAUAACAGGAAUGGCCAUGUUAUUGUAUUGACGGAUGCGGUGAUUGAGCAACGGGAGAGGCAGAAGGCGAAGGAGAAACUCAAGGGGAAGAGGAGUAUUGAUCCGGAUAAGUUGAUUUGGAAGCCGCCGGUGUUUACCGCGUCUGCGAGGACUUGGAAUUGGUGAGAUGGCGCUUGGUUUGGGAUGGGACUUUGGUGUCGGCCUGGGUGCCGGUUCGGGGUGGUUAGGAUAUGUUAUUAGCAAGGCGUUGGUGGUGUGCUUCUUAUACAGGUUGAAUGAUACCAAUAUCUAUCUCGGGUAU